UAACCUUUUACUUAAAAAAAAAAUUGUCUAUUUCCAGUUUUAGGCAUUUACCAAUCAAUCACGAUAGCUUGAUUUUAUAUUCUAGGCCCUAGAGAGAGAGAGAGAAUAUUUGAGGUCGACCAGUAAUCUAAAAUCAGACCCAUUUCCCUAGCAGUUCCUAUAUUGGUAGCAUCCUGUCAAAAGACUCAAAACUGCAAUAGUAUCCCUCUCUCUCUCUGAUGAAAUUCGGAGCCCACAAACCUGGUCAGAAAAUGCCCGAAAUCUUAGCUUAAAUAUUUGGGUUUGAGGACCCAACUGCAAAAAAGGUGUUCCUGAAGUGAACAGAAGGGAAGUGAAUUAAAAAAGGUUGAGGGGUGCAACAAAAAUGGUGGUUUCAAGUUCUAAUCCGCACAGCAAGGAGAUUUCUAUCAGGAGGAGGAUUGCCAGCAUAUUCAAUAAACGAGAAGAGGAUUUUUCGUCCCUAAAAGAAUACAAUGAUUAUUUGGAGGAAGUGGAGGACAUGACAUUUAACUUGAUUGAAGGAAUUGAUGUCCCUGCUAUUGAAGCAAAAAUCGCAGAGUAUGAAAAGGAAAAUCAUGACCAAAUAAUGAUAAACAGAGCUCGGAAGGCUGAAGAAUUGGCUGCAGCUCAGGCUGCAAGCAAGGGUCCUGCACAGAAUGAUUCUGAUGGGGCCCCAAACCAAAGCUCUCAAACAGGAUAUGGUACUGGUGCACAGGGACAAUAUGCUCCUACAUUUGCUGGAGGGCAGCCACGACCAACCGGCAUGGCGCAACAACCAGUUCCUCUUGGAGGGGGACUCGACCUCCAUGGUUAUGCUGCUGAUGAUGAGGAAACGAUGAAGCUCCGAGCAGAGAGAGGUGGAAGGGCAGGAGGGUGGAGUGCAGAGCUGAGCAAGAGAAGGGCACUUGAAGAAGCGUUUGGAAGCAUCUGGAUCACUUAGGACCUAUGUUUGUUUUUCCUUUCUUGUAACUCAGGGUCCUCCAUGUGGGGUACUUCAAUUUUCUGUCAGAUUAUGACAAGCAAUCUUAGAGCUUUUCUUUUUGUUUGUCAACAUUGAGUGUAAAUUACAUAUUCUGAGGAUAGAUCCUAUAUUGAAAUGAUAGAUGAGGCUUGUCACUUAGAGACGUGCGCUCUAGCCCCCAUGUACUAGCUUCCCUCCUAAAUACCCAAAGCUUGGAACAAGAUAAUUUGUCAUAACGAUCAAUUAUCGAAUGGAUCAGGAGUCAUUAUGUUCAAA